CUCAGGAGAAGCAGCAGUUCUCGAGAGGUCAGUUUGGUGAACAACAAGACUUAACAGACAUCUGGUUGAUGAAUCCGGCUUUAAGAGAAAUGCGAAAGAUUUGACAAUGGGAUUCACAGCAUUGCACACGCUCUGGCUUCUGACUGCAUUUGCUUUUACAACACAAGAGUUGGUGAAACUAAGAGUUAGUCCCAAGAUUACUGCAGAGUGUGGCGAGCAAGUUACCCUCAACUGCAACACAUCCUCGGCUCAUCAUGGAAUAUCAAUCAAACUUAUGCAGUGGUUCCAAGAGGAAACACUUUUGUGUUCUGUGGACAGUAAAGGGAUCACUACUAAAUUCCACAGAGCAUCUCUGAGUAACUUUACCUGUGAAUAUGAAGAUGGACGGCUGUCGCUAAUCUUCAAAAAGAUGCUCCCUCCAGAGAGCGGAAAAAAAUACACGUGUAAGCAACGCUCCAACAGAGGAGCACUCAAUGAAUCUACUAAAGUGGAGUUACAAGAGUGUGGUGGGAUCGCGGAGGGUAAAUUAACGACCACGGGACCUGUGUGCACCUUCAAGCAAGUCUACCCAGACGGAAAUGUCCACUGGUUCCACGGCUCCCGCAACCUCUCAGAUGGAUCUCUGAAACAGUACACCGGAAAAAGUGUGGACGAACAAGGCUGGCUUACUAUCCACAGUUACCUGGAGCGGAACAGUUCACACGGGCCUUACAACUGCUCCUUGAAGAGCACCGUGUCUGACAGAUACAUCGCAAGUAUGUUGAUACAGAAUCCUGAACCCCGGAAGAGCACUAGAGCAACACACUCCAACGGCAACAGAGUUACAGCCCGGGAAAGUACCAGGACAAUUUAUUGCCUUUUAAUCUUACUUCCAGUUAUAUUUAAAUAAUGGAAUUCCCACAUCACGGAGUGUCACCAGACACGGGGGAUAUGGGGAGGCAUGAAUCAAUGAUUAACACUGAUUAGAAGCAACAAGGUACUGAGACUUAUGGAUUUUUUGUCAAAACCAGGGCAUUGAGAAUCAGAUUAAGUGAGUCAUCUUGCGUAAUCCAAAGGCUUAUCUUUCUUUCUUUGUGCUAUUGGCUGACAUGAACAAGAAAAUUACACACCACAGUGAGGUGAUAAGAAGACAGCCAGUAAUCAUAACAGUAUAAAAUGUGUUGUUGUUUGGCUUCAAUAGAGGCUAGGAGAGAAAUGCACAGUGGUUUCACGGAUCUUUUUAAGAACACAAGGAGAUGUAUAAAUGGAAACACUCUCAGAGAAAAUGCACUUUCUUAUAAUUGCUAAAGUGAUUAAAAAGUCUGUACUGGUUCAGUUUAAUCAGCAGCUAUAAACCUUUCCAUGGAUGUUUUUUUUCUCAAGCAUGUCCAGCACUGUCAUCUGUGUAAAAGUUCUCUAUGAAUGAAGACCAUAAAAGGCUCUUUGUUAGAUUUAUUUCAGAAAUACAGAACUGUCAUGUAGCAAAA